AUAUUGCAAAUCCAAUCCGUGUUGAUAUUUCUCAAAUCAAUUUCUUCAUUCUUUCAAGAUUCAGCAAAAAAUAAAAAUCUAGGGCUGAUUAUUUAUUCAGCUUCACUCCGGUUUCCCCAAUUUCUCCUGCAGCUCGGCUCAGUUUGCAGCACAACUCCGGCGAGUUUUUCCUGCCAGCUUGAGAAGCUAUAGAAGUUAGCUAUGGCUGCAUCAUCUGAAGAGAACAGUGCGCUUUUUCCCAUCUUUGUAUUGACAAUGAUUUCGCUGCCUCUAGUGCCGUAUACUUUUGUCAAUUUAUACCUCACAUUCAAAAAGAAAACCAAGAGUAUAUAUUGCCAUUGUUCGUCUUGCUUCCGCUCAGGGAAGUAUCGGAAAUCAAUAUUCAAACGUAUUUCAAACUUUUCAACUUAUAGUAACCUGACAGUAGUGUUGCUCUGGCUCGUCGUAGCGCUAUUGGUUUUCUACAUCAAGCAUAUCAACACUGAGGUUCAAAUUUUUGAGCCAUUCAGCAUACUUGGAUUAGAACCCGGAGUUUCAGAUUCAGAUAUAAAGAAGGCAUACAGGAGACUUUCCAUUUUAUACCAUCCCGAUAAAAAUCCAGACCCAGAGGCUCACAAGUACUUUAUAGAUUUUAUCUCCAAGGCUUAUCAGGCUCUAACCGAUCCCGUAUCACGUGAGAACUUUGAGAAAUAUGGCCAUCCUGAUGGCAGACAGGGCCUUCAAAUGGGGAUUGCUCUCCCUCAGUUCCUUCUGAACAGCGAUGGAGCAUCCGGUGGAAUUAUGCUACUUGGGAUUGUAGGAGUUUGUAUUCUUUUACCACUGACUAUAGCUGUCAUAUACUUGUCAAGGUCGUCGAAAUAUACUGGCAAUUAUGUCAUGCAUCAGACGAUGUAUGCUUACUACCACUUUAUGAAGCCCUCAUUGGCUCCGAGCAAGGUCAUGGAAGUUUUCAUUAGGGCGGCUGAAUACAUGGAAAUUCCAGUUCGUCGAACUGAUGAAGAAUCUCUUCAGAAAUUGUUUGUGUUGGUGAGGAGUGAGCUAAAUCUGGACCUUAGAAACAUCCGACAAGAACAAGCUAAGUUCUGGAAGCAACAUCCUGCUUUAGUAAAGUCUGAAUUAUUGAUGCAAGCACAUCUCACCCGUGAAACCACAGCAUUAUCUCCAAAUUUGCAGAGUGAUUUCAAGAAAAUGCUUGCCCUUGCACCUCGUCUUCUUGAAGAACUAAUGAAGAUGGCGAUUAUACCACGCACCCAACAGGGUCACGGAUGGUUAAGACCUGCAAUUGGAGUGAUUGAGCUAUCACAAAGUAUAAUCCAGGCUGUCCCCCUCAGUGCAAGAAAAGCAACUGGUGCAUCAAGCGAAGGCUAUGGUCCAUUUCUCCAGCUGCCACACUUCAGUGAGUCGGUUGUCAAAAAGAUUGCCAGAAAGAAAGUGCGUUCAUUCCAAGAUCUCCGUGAAAUGAACCAACAAGAGCGAGCGGAGCUAUUAACUCAGGCCGCCGAUUUUUCCGCCAACGAACUGCAAGAUGUGGAGGUGGUUCUGGAGAUGAUGCCUUCGAUUUCAAUCGACAUAACAUGCGAAACCGAAGGUGAAGAGGGUAUACAAGAGGGCGAUAUUGUAACAAUGCAGGCUUGGAUCACUCUCAACCGUCGAAACAACUUGAUCCGCGCCCUACCACACGCCCCCUUCUUCCCCUACGAGAAGGAAGAGAAUUUCUGGCUACUCCUCGCUGACUCAUCAUCGAACGAUGUGUGGAUGUCGCAAAAAGUCAACUUCAUGGACGAGUCCACUGCAAUAAUCGCCGCCUCGAAAGCCAUUCAAGAGCUUCUAGAAGGUUCCGGUGCUAGCCCGAAGGAGAUUAACACAGCUGUCAAAGUAGCGGUGGAUAAGGUGAAAUCUGGUUCGAGGCUUGUGAUGGGGAAAUUUCAGGCCCCUAGUGAGGGAAAUUACGGUCUGACCUCGUACUGCUUGUGCGAUUCUUGGAUUGGGUGCGAUGCGAAGUCGAGUAUUAAGUUUAAGGUUUUGAAACGAAGCAGGGCUGGUACGAGAAAUAUUACUGGUGUGGAUGAAAUCCCGUCUUUGGAGGAGGGAGGUGAAGAGGAGGAUGAUGAAGGUGGAGAAGAAUACGAUGAUGAUUACGAGAGUGAGUAUAGUGAAGAUGAUGAGGAUGUCAAGGGUAAAGAUGUAAAAUCAGCGGUGGCUAAUGGAUCUAAUACGGGCCCCGCUGGAAAUAGUUCAAGUUCUGAUGGUUCGGAAAGUGAUGAAAAUUGAUUUUUUUUUUCCUGUCGACUUUGGUUUACUGAGAAAAAAACUAGGUAAGAAAAGAGUUUAUGUUUCUUGAUAUUUGCUGAAUAGUUGGGAAUAUUCUCGGAGAGAUUAAGUUGUAUACUUGUUUAGGACCCGAUUUGUUUCUGUCAUACGAAUUUUGUAUGUUGUGGUUUAAAGGAUUUUGGCAACUAAUGUGGAAGGCAAGAAGUAUUAUAAGCUGGUAAUUCAGUUGAGUUGUACCUUGUACGAUGUUGAAAGUAGGCGAUUAUCGUUUGAUUGCCUCUUCGAUUUAUAUUGAUUUUCAUUUUCACA